AUGGCCUCUCAACAGAAAAAAAUUGCCUUCAUUGGCCUUGGCGUCAUGGGUUAUCCCAUGGCCCUAAAUCUACGAAAGAAAAUAGGUUCGGAUUAUACAAUCUUGAUCUGUGAUGUCGUCCCAGCUGCCCUCCAAAAGUUCCAAGAUGAAACUGCAAAUACUGGUCCGGUCAAGGUUGUAAACACAGGAUCUGAAGCGGUUCAAGCAGCGGAUUUGGUUGUCACUAUGUUACCAAGUUCGCCGGCUGUGCGAAGCGUGUAUAUGGACGAUAAGACAGGAAUAUUGGCCGGCAUCAAACAAGCAGCAAUAGAAGGCACUGCCGGGAACAAAACCAUAAUGGAAUGUGGCACGAUUGAAACGGCAACGAUCCUCGAUGUCGCCAAAGCUACCCGCGAGACAGCGGCAUCUCUGCCCUCUAGCUGGAAAUUAGCAUUCGUGGAUGCGCCAGUCUCUGGUGGACCGAUGGGUGCACAAGCCGGGACCCUGACUUUUAUGGUUGGAGCUGAUCAUGCAACAAACUCGGAUGGACAGGUUUUCUCCCGAGUCAAAUCUGUUCUGUCCUACAUGGGUAAACCCGACUGCGUCUUCUUGUGUGGCGAGGUGGGUGCUGGCACGGCCUUUAAGAUUAUCAACAAUUACUUGUCAGCUAUUACCAGCCUAGCUGCUUCAGAAGCUCUCAAUAUUGGCGUCAAGAUGGGACUUGACCCAAAGCUUCUAACGGACGUGAUCAACACUAGCGGAGGGCAAUGCUGGGUGACUUCGCAGAGCAACCCCGUUCCCGGAGUACAUCCCAAUGCGCCGGCCAGUAGAGACUACGAGGGUGGAUUCAGAAUUGAAUUGUGUAAAAAGGUCCUGGGCAUGGGCUCGCAAUUGGCAGAAAUGGUGGGCGCUCGCACGAUACUGGAUAAGCCUACGUUGGAGGCCUUCGAAGAGGCUGCUGGGGAUGAGCGAUACCAAGGCAAGGAUGCAAGGGUAGUUUACAAGUGGCUGAAUGACCCCAUAGCGAAGGCAGUUGCGCCAAAAUUGCCUUCAACUAUGAAGGCCCAGCACCUUGACGCCUACAAUACACCUUACGUUCUCAGAGACGGGGUGUCGGUUCCGACUGCUGUGCAUCCCUAUGACCUACUUAUCCAGGUCGACGCUGCCUCGUACUGUCACACAGAUCAUGUGCUCGCGUCCGGUCAGAUGGCAGCAGUGGAACAACCGCAUUUUCCUCAUGUGGGCUGCCAUGAAUACUCCGGGACGGUCGUCGGGCUGCCCUCGAAACCAGCGCAGACAGAAUUCAAGAUUGGUGAUCGGAUUGGAGUCGCUUCUCGUGCCUACCAUCCGUGCGGCACAUGCGUUGAAUGUAUAGAGGAUGGUACGCCCUUAAGUGACUCCAAAGGUUACUCAGUGUUAUGCCCGCAUGUGAAGACAGUUGGUAUUGGCAUGGAUGGUGGGUGGAGGGAAUAUGCCCUAGUCGACUCGCGACAGGUCACGCUCAUUCCAUUUGGUUUGACCCAGGUGGAAGCAGCGCCACUAAUGUGUGCCGGGUUUACUGUCUACUCUGCGAUUCAAAAAGCUGGGCUUUCGCGGGGUCAACGCAUCGGAAUCGUAGGGUGUGGUGGCGGCUUAGGGCAUUUAGGAUUGCAAUAUGCGACGGCAAUGGGAUUGAAAGUGUACGGAAUAGAUAAUACAGAUUCAGCACUUACGCUUGUCCGAGGACUCAAAAAUAUCGCUGGCGCCACCAUAGUCGACGCUCGCACGCAAACCGCUACUGAAGUUAUAGCACCCAUCGCCGCAGAGGAUGGCCAGAAGUUUCCCGGGCAGUUCGGCCUAGACGGCGUCAUUAUUCUUGCUGAGAGUCAAAAGGCUUUCCAGUACGGAAUCGACAUGCUCAAAAACCAUGGGAAAUGCGUGGUUGUUUCGUUCCCCCAGCAAGGGUUUCAUAUCUCAUCGAUGGAUCUGAUCUUCCGAGAUAUUCAUUUCAUGGGAAAUUUGAUGGGAACCAACAAACAACUACGAAAUAUGAUCCGUUUCUCUGCAGAGCAUGGUGUUAAGCCAUUACUUAAGACUUUUCCUCUGGAAAAACUGAAUGAUCUCGUCGAUGAUUACAAGACGGGCCAUGGAGGGAAACUAGUGAUCGAUUUUCAUUAUAAGGGCUCGUAG